CCCCGAUCAUGGCGCCAUUAAUCAGGAGAUAUAAAGGAAAGAACGCACAUUCCCCCACGGUGAAUAUAUAGACCUGUAGUCCCUACAGAGUUGUUUAGGCGUUGCUGACGGCAGCUGGCAGCAACCUCUGUAGUAACGUCGCUGACAUUUGGUGUCGGUAACCUCGACGCUUCGAGCUCUCACUUCCCAUUUCCUACUUACUCUAUACCUAUAAAAUAGGCUAGUGAUUAUAGACCAUACAUAGAUUAUUUACGUAAAUAACAUACAACUAUUAGCGUGUGGUUUUGCUCAUAAAUUCAUCUGAUGCCUCUACCAUCAAAUCACUUCGACUGUCCUCUAAUAGCCUUCGACCAUCACCGCCAUCAAAGCUUCCGCCAAAUCCAUCCCUCAAUCGAAUACCGCUGUUACAUCUCAAAAUGAGCAUUGCACGCCUUGCUCCAGAAGUCCAGCAAAUUCAACAAAGUGCUCCAUUUAUAGACACAUACACAGAUGCGGCAACGACACUGCUUCGAGCAAGACCGGUCGAGCAGCAUGCAACCUUAACAAUGCCUCACGCUCACCCACCUCCCAAAAGGUGGACAAGCCCUCGUGGCUGGGGCGCAAGGCACAUUAACGACGAUGCACCAUUCAACCUGUGGGAUGAAGCCAAACGAGAUUAUCGAUUUCUAAAAAAGGGUGCUGAGUACGACUGGUGCCGUGACAAAUUCGGAGAUGGGCAAAUAGCGAGUUACGGUUGGUUUAUGACGAUUGACACAAAAUCCCCACCUAAGCCAGUCCCACUGACUGUCGGAUGCAUGCCGGUCAUCUUCACAAACAUGGGGGAAAAGUUAUGGAGUCUAACUCCCAAGACUUGCUAUGCCAACCCGCGGGUGUCGAACCCAUGUCCAGAAGUACAGUGGGAAAGGAUGACAUCCCCAACUAAAGAUCAGAAUAUCGCAAUUCUCACAGCGCUAGAGCCUCUCGCCAACGUACGUGCUAUCAUUUACAUGCCCCACUGGACUAUUGUCGAACUCGAAUAUGGAGAUGGUCGUGUAUACCAGCCAGGGUCCCUACCAGGUACUGUGGGGGUGAGGACGACUUUAUAUCACCAUGAGGAGGAACCAUUUUACAAAACAUUGAGCAAGAUGACUUGCCAUCGGCGACUUGACCCUACACAACAGUCAGGUGCUUCUGAUCCAACGCCCCAAGAUACGACCAACUACAUACAAGAAUGCGCUUUUGUUAGUCCCGGAUGUCGCUUGGAAUCUGGGCUUGGCAUGGUUGGCUCCCAGAACGAGCGGGUAAAUGCCGCAACAUCGGCUGGUGUUAAACUUUGGAAUAUUAAUGGGAAGGAGGCACUUACCGUAUCCCACCAUGGCUUUUUGAAUUCGAAGGAGGUCUACCAUCCCUUUGCGUCUGGCGUCAAGAUUGGCGAAGUCUUUGACGAGCGCCCGGAACUUGAUAUCAGCCUUGUCGAGCUUGUGUCUGAUGUAUCUAGGAAAUUCCGAAACGACUGCUAUUUCCAAGGGGAGACUCCAAAAUUACUGUUAAGAGGGUCCGAUAUCGUCAAAGGAAGUUGGUUUGAGGUAGAUGGGAUGUCGUCAGGCCUCGUCUCUCUCCUCACCUAUGCGUCAGUAUUUUGCAAACCUCCUCGGCCUCUAGGACAUCCCGAGAUUGACUAUAGGCACUGGGAGUCCCACUCACUAAGCGCAAUGUUCGGGGUUGUUAACAAUACUAUAUGUGAAGGGAUGUGUGGAGCCCCAAUCGUUGAAUGCGAGUCAGGAGGUGUAGCUGGUUUUUUUCAUUUGUCAGAUGGGUUCAAUUGCCUUGCUGCUCAGCUAGAUGACUUGGUCGCAGAAGGGUGGCAGAUUGCAUAGAUUGCUCGGAGAACGUUUUAUGACUACUGUGUAUAACUUUGCACUAUGCGGGAGUAGGGUUUUUUAUAGGGCUAUACAAAAGCCUUCAUCCCUACCUUUAUUGAAGUCCUUUAGUAAGCCUUUAGCGAAGCCUUCAGAGGCCUCUACUCUAGCACUGCCAUCAAAGACAUUAGAGGAGCCUUCAGAGGCCAUGUCAAGCCGGC